AAAUCAAAACAUUUAAAUUCCGAAUUAAUUCUUUUUUCAGCAUCAGGUCGCAGUUAGGACGGAUACAACCACUGAACAUCCCCCGGUGACUAUCCUGGACAAAACGCAAAGAAAAUCCGACUGGGAGUUGCAUGCAGAAAGAAACAUGGAUGGACCACUCAAAGAACUCCGUCAGCAGGGACAGAUUGUUCUACCGGAGAAAGCUGCAAUAGCGAAAAUGACCGUCGGUCAAGCGUUUAGAACAUACAACAGUUACCUUGACAACGUAGAUACAAUGUGCUACCGGAAGCUGCGCAUGGGCAAACUUGGAGAUGGAGGCUGGGAGAUCUGUGACGAUGCCAACUACCGACCAGUAAAGCCCUGUAUCGUGUACUCGUUUGGAAUCAACAACGAUUUUUCUUUUGACGAUGACACGGCCAAACACUAUGAGUGUGAUGUCUCUUCCUUUGAUCCGAGUAUGACCGAGGCAUCCUACCAGAGGUCGCCACGUGUCCGGUUUUAAAUCAGGCCUUGACGGAAAGGAUUAUAAGAAGAACUCCUGGGAGUUACAGACAUUGACGA